GUCCCCGACACGUCGUGCGAGCAAUAGAAAUUAUUCACGCCUGUGUUAACUUCCCCUCCUACAGAGGCAAACACAAGGCAGCCUGAAGAGCACCAUUUUUUUUUCAGUCAAGCGAUCGUUUUUGUGCGCUACUAGGGAGCAUAAUUCUCUGAAAAAUGCAAGGAGGGAAUGGUGGCAGAGAUCCAUUCUCUGGUUUUGGUGGCCCUUUUGCUGGUCUUGGGGGCUUUGGAAGCUUUGGGAGUCAGAGAAGUUUGAUGUCUAGUUUCUUUGGAGGAAGGGACCCAUUUGAUGACCCUUUCUUUUCACGCCCUUUUGGAGGCAUGCUUGAGUCGAACUUCUUUGGUUCCGGUGGAAGUCCAUUUCCUUUUAUGCAACCGCCUGCAUUUCUUGAGCAUCAAGCUGCUGAGCCCAUGACAUCAAGGGGGCCAAUCAUUGAAGAAAUCAAUUCAGAUGGUGAAAAAGAAGAGGCGGACAAUAAGAAAAAAGAGAAGCCUAGGAAGCAUGCUAGGUCAAGCAAUGAGCCUUUUGUCGAGGUCCCAGAUGAUGAAGCUGAAGGAAGAAGAAACAGGCAUAUGCAAUUGAGUAAUGAUUUCAACAGAAUAAGUAGUACUGAAUCACAGCCUCAAGUUCGCAGCUUCACCUUUCAGAGCUCUACUGUCACUUAUGGUGGUGUUGAUGGGGCUUAUCAGUCUUCAUCCAAAAUGAGGAGGACUGGGAGUGAUGGGGUGACAUUUGAAGAAAGCAAAGAAGCUGAUAGUGCUACACGGCAAGCAUCUCACAGGCUUUCUAGGGGACUUCACAACAAGGGCCAUACUGUUAUGAGGAAGCUUAAAUCUGAUGGUAGAGUGGACACAAUGCAGACUUUGCACAAUCUCAAUGAAGGUGAGGUUGCUGGUUUUGAAGAAGCUUGGGAGGGAAAUGCUAGGAAGCAUCUGCCUGGCUGGAUGGCGAAUGCUGGUUCUCAUGAUACUGCUGGAGUUAGCGGGCUGGGAAGCCAGGGUGGUCGGGCUCUUCCUUCCAUGGAGCGGUCAGGAAAUAUGAUUACAUAUGAUAGGAACAUUGCCGGAUCCUCUCACUCGGAGCAUUUAGGAAAGACAAAUUACAAUCAAGGUAGUAGAGACAACAGUGGUAAUCCUCGGGGAAGGAGGAAACAUUGAGUCGAGAGGUUCUGAAGAAUAGCACACAGUGUUUGUGAAUCAAUCAUUUUGUACUUGCUAUGCGAGAUGAGAUGGUGGUUUAAUGCAGUGGUCAAUACUCAAUAGGGCUGCUUGCUAUCAUGUAUGAUUGUUGUAUAUCGGAUAAUAAGUUCCCUUUGAGCAUGGUAUGCAACUAGACGUUAUUGAAUAUGAUGUUAUACUCUGUUAUGCUUUUAACCCUGGUCGCUCUCCUGAAUCUUCUUAAGUUUUGGGUUGGAUUGCCAGAAGCUACUGAAAUAUUCUUAUCAGAAAGCAUUGCCAGCAUUCUUCUC